AUGUCCGUAAUCAUGGAAAACUCUAAUUUUAGUGAUAAAGUUGAAGUUUACUUUUCGGAACUCGGGCGAUGGAAAGUUUGGCGGAGUAUAAUAUUGGGUCAGUUGUUGUCGUUAUUAUUAAGCGGCAAAUGUAUACUAACAACUCUGCUUCAAAGUGCUACAUGGCAGUUCCCUACCACUGCUCAACUUGUUAUUCCAUACAUAUUAUUAUUCAUUUUAUUUACACCUUCUUUACUUUGCACAGACAUGAAGAAAUUAACUAAUGGUGUGGGCGCAGCCUUAGUAGGUGGUGCUUGGAGGGGACAGAGGCUGGGUGUGGUACAUGUAGCAGGAGCUACUUUAGGCCUUAUGGCUGUUGUUUGUGUUGUAUGGGCUGAUGUGGAAGGAGCCCCUACUGAUGGUAAAAAUCAGCUUGUGGGUGAUAUGUUGUGCUUAGCGGGAUCCUUGCUUUAUGCAAUGGUCACUGUUUUGCAAGAAAUGAUGCUAAGUGAACAAUCUUGCUCAGAAUAUUUGGCUCUGUUGGGGUUUAUUGGAGGUGUGGUUGCAUGCACACAGACAUUUUUCCUUGAAUUUAGCGAGCUACACUCUUUCAACUGGUAUGAGCUGGAUACAGUGGUGCAGUUAGGAAGCUACUGUGGACUGCAAACUGUGUUUCAAAUUCUACAGAGCUUCAUGCUUCAGGAUGCAGGAUCAAUUGUACUACACCUAUCAUUCCUUUCGGCGGAUUAUUACACCCUCAUUGCAGGAAUGUACAUAUUCCAGUUCAAGUUUCAUGCGUUGUACUUCUUGUCGUACUUGCUGGCGAUGGUGGGAGUGUUUCUAUUCACCGCAAGGUCGACUCGUCCGCAGUCGCGCCCGGAAGUUUUGCCGCAACUUGUAAACAAUGUCAUUCACUCUCAAGAUAACGUCUCAUUGGAAUACACUGUACCAACACUCGAUUGUAUACCUAUAGAGGGCUUGGAGCCGCCAAUGAGCAGAGACACGACAUUCACGUCGUUUCUUGGAGGCCCACAAAACAGUAUACCCAAUGGUAACAUAAUCUCGGAACAAACAGUUGGAAUCCAAUAUACUACUAAGGACUCUUCUUAA